AUGGGAAAAAUCAUCGGCAUUGACCUCGGCACCACCAACAGCUGCGUGUCCAUCAUGGAAGGCAAUACCACGCGGGUGAUCGAGAACAGCGAGGGCGCGCGCACCACGCCGUCCAUCGUGGCCUACCAGGCAGACGACAAUGGCUAUAUCUACAUGGAUGAAAAACGCCUGUUCAAUGCCAGCUUUAGCAGCAGCGCGAUACGCCAGUUGAACCGUGAACUGAUACACCCUGACGAUGCAGAUAAAAAAUACCGCAUCGCCAAUACCAUGCCAAGCCAGAAAGCGGCAAGCCAACUCCACCAGCCGAGCGCCAGGUCGAGAUCAUGA